GGGGGCUGUGGAUCCAGCACAGAACAGCAGAGGAUGCUCAAGAUGGACCUAAUUACUAGGAAGAAGUGCAAAGGCAGCUCUCCCUCCAGUUACUUCCUCUAUGCCAGCAUCACUACUCCUUCCCAGGUAACUAGUCCCUCUCAGGAAACUUCAGGUCCUUGAAGAACAAUGGACGACAGCGCCACUCUACGUGGGAAGCAGUGGCGAGCAUCAAGUUUCACCUGUGCUUGAGGAUUAGAUAAAUGCCAAAAUUAUCUCAGACAUCCCAAAGGAUGUCAUCUCUCCAACCACAGUCUUCUGAGACACUGAACUACAAAAACCCAAUCAAGUGCACACUCUCCAGGCUGGAGGACAUUGAAAAUGAUGCUGGAAUGCUGGGCGGGUGUACAACCCCUCAUGCUCACACUCUUGGGCAUGGACACUGCUCUGGCCUCUCCUAGCACUGAGGACACUGGCAUUAUUACUGAGUAUAAAAUGCUCUCAUCCUGCCAGCCAUUAUGUCUAGAGCCAACAGCUCCAGCCUGACCCCAGAAUUCUUUAUCCUGAAUGGUGUUCCUGGACUGGAAGAUGCACACAUCUGGAUCUCUCUGCCAUUCUGCCUCAUGUACAUGAUUGCUGUUGUGGGGAACUGUGGGCUUAUCUACCUCAUUGCCCAUGAGGAGGCUCUGCACCGGCCUAUGUACUACUUCCUGGCCUUACUAUCCUUCACUGAUGUCACCUUGUGCACAACCACAGUACCCAAUAUGCUGUGCAUAUUCUGGUUCAAUUUCAAGAAGAUUGGAUUUAAUUCCUGCCUUGUCCAGAUGUUCUUUGUCCACAUGUUGACUGGAAUGGAGUCUGGUGUGCUCAUGCUCAUGGCCCUGGACCGCUAUGUAGCCAUCUGCUAUCCUCUACGAUAUACCACCAUCCUCACCAACCCUGUGAUUGCCAAGGCUGGCCUUGCUACAUUCUUGAGGAGUGUAAUGCUCAUCUGCCCAUUCACUCUCCUCACCAAGCGCUUGCCCUACUGCAGGGGUACACUUAUCCCCCACACUUACUGUGACCACAUGUCUGUGGCCAAGGUAUCCUGUGGCAAUGCCAAGGUUAAUGCAAUCUAUGGCCUCAUGGUAGCUCUAUUGAUUGGUGUGUUUGACAUUUGCUGUAUCUCUGUGUCUUACACUAUGAUACUGCGAGCAGUGGUGAGCCUGUCCUCUGCUGAUGCUCGUCACAAGGCCUUCAGCACCUGCACAUCUCACAUAUGUGCUAUUGUGAUCACUUAUGUGCCUGCCUUUUUUACAUUCUUCACUCAUCGUUUUGGAGGACACACUAUUCCCCACCACAUCCACAUCAUAGUGGCCAACCUCUACCUGCUACUGCCCCCUACCAUGAACCCAAUUGUUUAUGGAGUCAAGACCAAGCAGAUUCGGGAGAGCGUAAUCAAGUUUUUAAUAGGAGACAAGAUGGGUAUUACCUAAAACAAGUGCAUGUUAAUACCAGCUGUACUGUUUAUGAUGGGAAAAUAGUGGAGAAAAAUGUCACAAAGGAUGGGUCAAAUAGUAUUAAAUCAUCUAACU